CUCACUCCAGAUUCAGACCUCGUCUUCUUCGAUUGAUAGGGUGAUAAACCCUAGUUUCGCAGGAAGAUAAGCGGCGACGAUCUGAGACCUCGAUCGGCAAUGGCGACUUCACUCUCCUACGAUGACGACGCCUACUCGGUGGCCAAACAUCCGCAUUCGGACGCCGCACCCAACUCAUACGACCCGAGCUUCGUACCCGACCCGGUGAAGUCGUUCGUGGGGCAUCUGUACAGGCAUAUCAGGGAGAAGAACGUGUACGAGAUCCACCAGAUGUGCGAGACUUCCUUCCAAAGCCUCAGUGAGCGCAUGUUCAAGGACACUCCCUGGCCCUCCGUCGACGCCGUCGCGCCUUACGUCGAUAACGACCAUGUUUUCUGCCUGCUUUACCGGGAAAUGUGGUUUCGCCACCUCUAUGCUCGGCUCUCCCCGACUCUCAAACAGCGCAUCGAUUCCUGGGACAAUUACUGCUCCUUAUUCCAGGUGGUGCUACAUGGAGUCGUAAACAUGCAACUGCCAAACAAGUGGUUGUGGGAUAUGAUAGAUGAAUUUGUAUACCAAUUUCAGUCUUUCUGCCAAUACCGUGCCAAGAUGCAGAACAAGACUGAGCAGGAGAUUGCAUUGCUGAAGCAGUAUGAUCAGGCAUGGAAUGUAUAUGGUGUGCUUAACUAUCUACAAGCGCUUGUUGAAAAGUCCACUAUUAUCCAAAUAUUGGAGAGGGAAAAAGAAGGACUUGAAGUGUUUACUUCGACUGAUGGAUAUGAUUACAACGGUGGAAGUAACGUCUUGAAGGUUUUGGGAUAUUUCAGUAUGAUCGGCCUGCUUAGGGUUCAUUGCUUGUUGGGUGAUUAUCAUACUGGCCUCAAGUGCGUACACCCCAUUGACAUAACACAACAAGGUGUAUAUGACACUGUAAUUGGAAGCUACAUUGCUAUAAUAUACCACUAUGGCUUUGCUAAUCUUAUGCUCAGGAGGUACGUGGAUGCCAUCCAAAAAUUCAACAACAUCCUUUUAUAUAUUUACAAAAAUAAGCAAGAGCACCAGAAAUCUUCUCAAUACGAGCAAAUACUAAAGAAGAAUGAGCAGAUGUAUGCCUUACUAGCAAUCUGUUUGUGUCUUUGCCCUCAAAUGAAGACUGUAGAGGAGACUGUGAACUCUCAGUUAAGGGAGAAAUAUGGGGACAAGAUGAUGAAAAUGCAAAGAUAUGAUGAUGAGUCAUUUACUCUCUAUGAUGAACUCUUCUCGUAUGCAUGCCCUAAGUUCAUUACUCCUGCUGCCCCAAGUUUCGAAGAGCCUCUUGUAAAUUACAACCAGGAUGCUUAUAGGCUGCAAUUGAAGUUAUUUCUGUACGAAGUGAAGCAGCAGCAAUUGUUGUCAGGUGUCAGGACCUACCUCAAAGUAUAUUCUACUAUUUCCUUAGGAAAACUUGCAAAUUACAUGCAAGUUGAUGAAGCUACUUUGAGGACAAUUCUGAUGACAUACAAACACAAAACGCACUCUGUUGACUCUGAAGGAAAAAUAUUCUCCAAUGCCGACCUAGAUUUCUUUAUUGAUGACGAAAUGAUUCAUGUCGUAGAAUCCAAACCAUCUAAGCAAUAUGGGGAUUUCUUCUUGCAUCAGAUUGUCCAGCUGGAAAACAUGAUGACCAAAAUUGACAGGAUUAUUCUGGAGUAACUUAUUUCUCAUGUGAGUCUUUUUUUUUGAGGGGGGGGGGGUGGGGGAGGGGGUCAAGCACUGUAGCUGGAUGAGAUUAUGUUUUACUAUUAUUUUUAAACCUUGAAAUGGGAGUGAAGUCCAGAAAGUUGGUAGGUGAAAGCCUUCCCCAUUUUUCUACUUACAAUGUGGUGAUUAGAGAUAGUAAUUUUUGUGAUAUGUUUACCUAUAUUAGCCUCUGUUGGUUCUUUUAUUUGUAGAAAUUGUAUUGUUAUUGACUACCUGUCCCACAAAACUUUCUCAGUAAUUAUUCACAUGGUCAAAUUUAAUUAUUUUUUUUGCCUAUUUUUGUUUGUUACUCAAAUAUAUACAAUUUUUGUUUUUAAAUUUUACCUAUGACAAAAAUUACUUUUAGGUCGAUUUCAUUGUAAUAAUUUUCAGGUCUCACAUUAUUUGAAAUAUAGUUAGGGGCACCUU